UUCAAUAAUGUUAUUGUUUUUGUUAGGCAGAGAUGUGACAAGCUUAACAUAUUCCAAUAAAGUAUAUGCAUGAUCCACAUGCUUUCUGGUUUAUACACUUUGAUUAUAAGAUAGUGAGUUGUAAUGUCUCUUGUGUUGGCUUUUGGUCUAUGAAAUAGCCCCUAUAUAAAGAGUUUCAAAGGAAUUAGACUGCAGAACACAAACAUUGAACUUACUCCAAAAAAAGGAAGAGGAAAAAAAAAGGAACAAACAAGAAAAGAGUAGUAAAAAUGGCAAGCAAGUUGCAUGUUCGGUCAAACAGUUUGCCAAAUGGAUCUCAUCCAUGCUCCUCCAGAGUAAGAGAUCAAUUGAAGAACCUCAAGGCUUUCGAAGCAACUUCGUCAUCUGAGUCAAUUGUCACUAGCUUGUCCCUUUUGGAAGAUCUAUACUCUUCUUUGGAUGAUCUUCUCAAUGUUGCAUCAACCCAAAAGGUCAUCUCUCAACAACAAGGUGACAAAUGCAUUGAAGAAAUCUUGGAUGGAUCCAUGAAGGUCUUGGAUAUAUGUGGCAUCACAAGGGACACAGUUAUGCAGAUCAAGGAGAAUGUGCAAUUCCUUCAUUCAGCUCUUAGAAGGAGAAAGGAUGAUUCAACCAUCGAAACAAGCAUAGCUGAAUACAAUUCCUUCUCAAAGAAGAUGAAGAAAAAUGUCAACAAGGUGAUCACAUCCUUGAAGCAGCUACAAAGCAAAUUCGGAGCAUCUCAACUGUUGAAUGAAGAAGUGAUGAGAGUUUUAAGAGAAGUGAUUGCAAUGAACGUGUCUAUCUUCCAAUCCCUUUUGACUUUUUUCGCUCGUCCAGCGUCGAAGUCAAAGGCAGCCAAAUGGAUGAACAAGUUGAUGCAUAAAGGAGUGGUUGCAUCUGAAGAUAACUCAGAGAAUUGCAAUGAAUUGCAAUUGGUGGAUGCAACUUUGAACAUCCUUUUAAAAGAAGGUGCUAAUGGUUCCAACAUGAAAGUAGGACAUGAGAAAUUGGAGGCUUUGGAGAUUGCAAUUGAAAGCAUUGAGAUUAGAUUAGAAAGCUUAUUUAGGAGCAUGAUUAAGACUAAGACAUCCCUUUUGAACAUAUUAUCCCAAUAGAGACUAUGUUCAACAUAAAGCAAUUUUGAUCCCACUAAUUUUGUAUAUAUGUAAAUAACAAAAUGCAAUAGUUAUACAAUCAAAUCAAAUAUAGAGAAAAGUUUAUACUA